CAGCGUGCUACGGAAUUUGACAACCCAGCAGUGAAAAAAUCUGUUUACUCCCGCAUUUUAUCAAUUUUUCUCAGUUUUUCGUGGGAAAAUCUGGCGAAAUUAGCCAGAAAAUUGAAAAUCAAUCAUUCCUUGACAUUUUCCACCAGACGCUCACAGAUCAGGCAAAGAGAUGUCCAAGAGGAGUUCUGAUGAUUCGGGUGGGGUUUCGGGGGCUCAACCACCCAUAAAAAAGGUGCACUUUGAGCCCCACUUAAUUGGCCCCAUUUCGACGCUGGAAGAGAUGGACAUCAAAGUGCUGCAGUUCCAGAACAAGAAACUGGCUCAGAGGAUUGAGCAGAGGGUUCGGUGCGAGGCUGAACUGCGCCAGAGGAUUGAGCAGCUGGAGAAGCGUCAGACUCAGGAUGAUGCUGUCCUCAAUGUUGUCAAUCGCUACUGGAAUCAGCUGAAUGAAGACAUUCGCGUCCUGCUGCAGCGCUUUGAUGCCGAAACGGCUGAUGAGUCUGAGAAUAAAAAUGAGAAUGAGGUGACAACGUCCUUCCUCACGCAGCUGUCCACCUGGGACAAGGAGGAACUCGAUGACAAACUGGCCAAUCGAGUUCAAGUGUCCAAGAGGGCUGUGGCCAAGAUUGUUCAGGUGAUUGAUCGCCUGAUGCAGCGCAAUGAGAAGAUUGCCGUGGCACUCAAAGGAGGCUCAGGAGAGGACGAUGAGGCUCCAGCUCCGGACAUCGAUGAGGCCCUGAGGGAGUCUCAGGUGGCCAUAAUGGAGGAGAAUCGACAGCUGCAGAAUUUCAAUACUUCCCUCCAUGAGAAGUACCACACGAUCUCCCUGAAGAUGUCAGAGCUCCAGGACACGUUGACGGCUAAGGAGACAGAAGCCGCUGAGCUCCGGAAUCAGAUUGAUGAUCUGCAGUAUGAGCUGGAGAAAGUGAGAUGCCGCAAUGACAAACUAGAGAAUCAUCUGGCGGAGGCCAUUGAGAAGCUCAAGACGUAUCAUCAGAUGCACGGCGAUGCAACGAAAACUGUCGCAGUAAAAACGAAUCCAACAACAAACGUUGCAACUCAACAUCUCGAGGACAUGGCAAAGGAACUAGAAGAAUUCCGGGAGAUGGCUAACAAUCGUCUCCAGGAACUGGAUAAACUACAUCAGACUCACCGGGAAACGCUUAAAGAGGUGGAAAAGCUCAAAAUGGACAUUCGUCAACUGCCGGAAUCCGUGAUUGUGGAGACGACGGAGUACAAAUGCCUGCAGUCGCAGUUUUCAGUGCUUUACAAUGAAUCCAUGCAAAUCAAAACGAUGUUGGAUGAGACACGAAAUCAACUGCAUACGAGCAAGAAUCAACAUUUGCGGCAGAUUGAGAUGAUGGAGAGUGAGGAGCUGAUGGCACAGAAGAAGAUGCGCAGUGAGAUGAUUCAGAUGGAGGAUGUUCUGGCACAGAUUCGGAAGGAGUAUGAAAUGCUGAGGAUUGAAUUUGAGCAGAAUAUGGCGGCUAAUGAGCAAACGGCGCCGAUUAACCGGGAAAUGAGGCAUCUGAUCACAUCGCUGCAGAAUCACAAUGGUCAGUUGAAGGGGGAAGUGCACAGGUACAAGAGGAAGUACAAGGAUGCAGCGGCGGACAAUGUGAAGCUGAGGAAGGAGAUUGAGGAGGUUCAGGCGAAGGUUAAUGGAUCUCAGGCACGAGGAACAGCUGCAGCGGAGGGAGAUGUGAAGCAAGAGGGCGGGAAUCAGGUGAAGGAGGAGACAUCGUCAGAUGGAUCGGCCAGUGUGAAGGAGGAAGCAUCCACAGGAACGGUAAAGGCGGAAUCGGAUGAGAAUGAGGAGGAUGUAGACAACAAGGAUGGUAUUAAAAAAGAACCGGGAACUUCAGGAGCGGUUAAGCAGGAAAAGGCAGCAACUUCCGGAGGAGCAGCAGGAGAGAAGAAGGAAAGUCCAAGCUCUGCAACGGUCACGGUGAAGACGGAGAAGGAACAGAAGGAUGCUCAGAGGGCCAAGGAAAUGAAGAUAGCAGAGUCGGAGAUGAUGCGAGAUCUCAAGGCACAGCUCAAGAAGGCCCUCAAUGAUCAGAAGGAGAUGAAAUUGCUCCUAGAUAUGUACAAGGGAGUAUCAAAGGAGCAGAGGGACAAAGUCCAAUUGAUGGCGAUUGAGAAGAAAAAUCGAUCGGAAAUUGAGGAGUUGAAGUUGCAACUGAAGAAGUUGCAGGAGAGUAAGAGGGAAGAGAGGAAGAAGUUGGCUGAUGAAGAUGCCCUGAGGAAGAUUAAGCAAUUGGAGGAGCAGAAGUACGAACUGCAGAAGCAAGUGGCCAAUCAGAAGCCGACCGAUGGAUCCUGGCCAGGGCACUACAGUCGAGGAUUUGUAGGAUCUCAUCAAAGUAAAGUUGACCAAUUUUGCUUGAAGGAGGAGGAGGCGCUGCUCAACGAGAUGGAAGUCACGGGGCAGGCAUUUGAGGAUAUGCAAGAGCAGAAUUCGCGAUUGAUACAGCAAUUGCGUGAGAAAGAUGAUGCAAACUUCAAGCUUAUGUCGGAUCGAAUAAAGGCCAACCAGAUGCAUAAGUUGCUGCGGGAGGAGAAGCAGAUCCUGGAGGAGCAAGUAGCCACGAGGGAUACGCAAAUAGAAGCGAUGCAUAUUGUGCUGAGGAAGCUGGAGGAGAAGGAAAGGAUACUGCAGAAUACAGUGACGACGAUUGAGAAGGAAUUGGUGCUGAGGCAGCAGGCAAUGGAAAUGCAUAAGCGUAAGGCAAUUGAAUCUGCACAGUCUGCAGCUGAUCUUAAGUUGCAUCUGGAGAAGUAUCAUGCGCAAAUGAAGGAAGCGCAGCAAGUUGUAGCGGAGAAAACGAGCAGUUUGGAAGCGGAGGCGUAUAAAACGAAGAGGCUUCAGGAGGAAUUGGCACAGUUCAAGAGGAAGGCAGAACGAAUGAAGAAGAUUGAGAUGACAGGAACGACAAUCGAUGAAGUGAUGCUAGAGGAAAUUCGCGAAUACAAAGAAACACUCACGUGUCCAUCGUGCAAAGUCAAACGGAAGGAUGCUGUUCUGUCCAAGUGCUUCCAUGUCUUCUGCUACGAUUGCCUGCGGACGCGAUAUGAGACGCGACAGCGGAAAUGUCCGAAAUGCAAUUGCGCCUUCGGGGCCAAUGACUAUCAUCGGCUCUAUCUCUCGACUUAGACGGCUGCAGGAGGUAUGUAACUUGCUUGUUUCUCGCUACGUUUUUCUUUCAGCAAUUUAUUCUUGCUGCCGAUUCAGUAAUUGCAUCUCCUGGAAGUAUGCAAAAUGCACGGUAGUUUUUUAAGCAAAAUAUCCGACAGAUUUUUUUUUUAUUUAUUGCUAAAGCGGUAAGUUCUACCGUGAAAGAAAUUAUAAAACAGAUCAAAUUCUUUUAUGUCAUGAUGUAGAGAAUGUUUCAUUGAUCAAAUAAAUUUUAAGAUGAAAGGUA